AAUAAAAACAGAAUCAGUUGUCUCCCUUAAAAGUUGUAUAACAGCUGAUCGCGUGUUGUGCUUUCUUGGGUACUGAUGCUGCUGUUUACAAAAUAAUUGUAUUGUUUGUUAUACAGAUUGAUGUUGAGAAAUAUUGGACGUCUUUUUGAUCAUACCCAUUUAUCACUUAUCUUCACAACUUUAAAGCAGACAUAUUUUACAAUACAAACAACACACCAGUCAUUUAAAGCAUUUAAACUCUCAUCUAAAAAUUUGAAAUCAGUUCUGUUCAACUCUCAGUUGUUAUAUAGUGAAUUAUAUUUAGAAAUUGUGCAUCGUAAUGCAAGUGUAAGACAAAUUCAAGUCAGUUUUUCUUCAUCUUUAACUGAAGACAGAAUGGCUGAAAAGAAAGCAUUGUCUACAAAACGUAAAAUUGAUUCAGACGAGAAUCCUCCAACAGAAAAAAAGCAAAAAUUGGAAACAAGUGACAUCAAAUCAGAUGACUUUAUUGAAAAAAUUUCUACAAGUAGGAACAAUGUCUGUAAAUCAAUAUCUGAAUUUAAAUUUAAUAAGAAGAGAGUGCGUGUUUUAUCAAAGGCUAAAGAUUUUCCUGAGGAUAGUCAAGGAGUUGUAUACUGGAUGUCAAGGGACCAAAGAGUUCAAGAUAAUUGGGCUUUCCUGUAUGCACAGAAACUUGCAUUGAAGAUGGAAGUACCAUUACAUGUUUGUUUCUGCCUUGUACCAAAGUUCUUAGAAGCUACUAUCAGACAUUAUCAUUUUAUGAUGGAGGGUCUCAAAGAAGUUGAACAAGAUUGCAAUAAGUUGGACAUAUCUUUCCAUUUAUUGAUUGGUUAUGCCAAAGAUGUGUUGCCACAGUUUGUGACAGAUCAUGAUAUUGGUGGUGUAGUGACAGAUUUCUCUCCCUUACGUACACCAAUGCAGUGGGUCGAUGAUGUCACAACAGCCAUACCUAAAAAUAUACCCAUUUGUCAGGUAGAUGCACAUAAUAUUGUACCUUGCUGGGAAGCUUCUCCAAAACUAGAAUAUGGAGCUAGAACAAUCAGAAAUAAAAUCCAUAAUCAGCUGUCUGGUUACUUAACAGAGUUUCCUCCAAUUUGUGUUCACCCUUUUACUCCGAAAGAGAAACCACAGAACAUUGAUUGGGCCAAAAUUGAGGCAAGUUUGACAGUUGACAGAACAGUUGGACCAGUAGAUUGGGCAACACCAGGUUCAACGGCUGGUUUACGAAUGCUGGAAUCUUUUUGUAAAGAAAGACUGAAGUAUUUUUCAAAAGAUAGAAAUAAUCCAAAUAAGAUAGCUUUGAGUAAUUUAUCUCCUUGGAUCCACUUUGGUCAAAUCUCAGUUCAGCGAAGUAUCCUAGUUGUUAAGCAGUACAGAAGUAAAUACAAGGAGGGGGUAGAGGCUUAUAUAGAGGAAGCUAUCAUAAGAAGAGAGCUAGCUGAUAAUUUCUGUUUUUACAAUAAAAACUAUGAUUCCAUAGAAGGUGCUUAUGACUGGGCUAAAACAUCGCUUAAGUUACAUGAAAAAGAUAAACGGAAGUAUUUAUAUACUAGAGAAAAGCUAGAAAAAGGUCAAACUCAUGAUGACCUUUGGAAUGCCGCACAGAUUCAGAUGACAAUAGAAGGAAAGAUGCAUGGAUUCUUGAGAAUGUACUGGGCCAAGAAAAUCUUAGAAUGGACAGGAAGUCCAACAGAAGCUUUGGAGACAGCAAUCUAUCUCAACGACAGAUUUAAUUUAGAUGGCAGAGAUCCUAAUGGAUAUGUUGGUUGCAUGUGGUCAAUUUGUGGUAUCCAUGAUCAAGGAUGGAAGGAAAGAGAAAUUUUUGGAAAAAUUCGCUACAUGAAUUAUGAUGGUUGUAAAAGAAAAUUUGAUGUUGCUGCUUUUGUUAGAAAAUAUAGAGGGAAAAAAUUGUGAAUUUCCAACAAAUGACAGAAGAAAAGAGAAUCUCUGGGAAAUAAUAUCUGUAAAUUUAGACUAGCUUCAAAUCUGUCAUGUCUGUUGGUCUCAUCUAUAUAUCAAACAUGUAUCAUAUCAUUGUGUCAUUGAAAUAAAGUCAGAAUAUAAUCAGAAUGUAUUGCCUUCACACAUGAUAUUACAUUGGUCAUAUCUAACUAAAGAAAUAGAAAAAACACAACUUUGAUUAUAAACUUGCUAUUUUGAUAGUUUGAUUCAUUGCACAAAUGAUACCAAUGAUUGUUUUAAUUGUUUUCAGUCCACUAUAUAAAUUUGUGUUCAAAUGAUGGCAGCUUUUGAAGAAAAUUAUUUCUCCUGUUUGCAUGUGUUCUAAUUACUGGUACUCAUUAAUUUUUGUUUCAUUUUAUUACCCUUUAUAUUGAUAUCCAUCAUACAUAGUUUGUUACUUUUUAUAUUUUGUAUGUUAAGUCUGAAUUUAUUAAGUUUUCUAAACAUUAAACAGAAUUUGUCAGCAAACGGUGAGUCUGUAGUGUUUCUGCUUUUAAGCUGACUGGCAACAACACUGAAAUGGAUAUGUCCACUGUAAAGUUAGUAAUUUUAUAUUGAAUUACAAAAAUUUGAAAGUACGAGGUUCACAAUAAUAAAAACCUACAUUCAUUAUUUUAUUUGUCAUUUUCUUUAUAUAAUUUGUACAAUCAGAUAAAUUAAAUCUUGCAUGUUUGCAUGGGAUCUCAAAAAAUCAAUGCACACAUUAUUUUUUCAAUUUACAGUAUUUGGCUGAUUAUUUUUACAUAAACCAACCAAGCAUUUGUUGAGAUCCUAAUGUUUUUAAGUACUUACCAUCUAGGUAAUAUUGUAUGUAGAUUGAGAAUGUAUCCUGUUUUUUGAAGUAUACAAAUAUCCUUCUGUAACUUUAAGCUGAGAUUUUGUAUUUAGAAUGGAAAAACUGAUUGAACUAAAGAUAUAGAGUUUUGAUUGAUCUUUUCAUUUUUUGGUUAAGAUUUAGGUGAACUGGUCUAAUUGGAUUUUUUUUGUUUCUCUCAAAUUAUUAUAAAAUUUUGGACCAACUGGUUCAAGAGCUAAACUUUUACAGAAUGCAAAAAUGAAGGUAUGGGUUAUAUGUCAAUUAGACUAAUACAAGAAACACAAUGCCAGGAUAAAUUAUGUUUUUGAUGUUAUUGCUGGGAACUUUUUAGUAUAAAAUGUUAAGAAAAAUAUUAGGAAAUCACCUGGUUUGGUUUUAUUUAACACUUUAGUCCAGUCAAUCUAGCAUAAAUUUGACCCUAACCCUAAAGUAAUUGCAACAGAUUUUAAAGUUUUAAUCUUUAGCAUAAUAUCCCAAAUAUACACAGAAAAAAGUCCCAUAAAAUCUAACUUGCGGAAGACUAAAAAAAUCACCAUUUAAAAUUCCUCAAGUUAGAUUUUCAUUGAAAAGGGAGAUAACUCUUGCAAAAAAGGCAGAAUUAUCAAUAAAAAUUGAUACAAAAUUAUAACUUUACCCCUUCUAUUCAUCAGAAUGUAUUGAUUCUUGAUUUUUUAGUGGUCUUUAGAGUAUAUUGAACAACUCUAAAGGUGUUUUCAUAUAUUUUAUCAAGCUAUUAUCUAGAUUUCGUAAUUCAUUAGUUGACCAUUUAUUGAAUUCUUCAACAUGUCAAGGUAAAGAAUCUCAAAUUUAAUAAAAAUAAUUCAGCAUGCAUUCUUCUUUUUGUGGUUUAAAUUUCUUUAGAAAAGUAAGUUGCUGAAAAAUAUCAUAUACAGAUAUAAACAAUACCAAAUUUUCACAAUUUUUUUUCAAAAUGGUUACAAAGCUUCAAAUUUGCAAUUUCUUUCAUGUAAAAUGCAUGAAAAAAAUAAAACUACUCAUAACACUUCAGUUUUGUACAUUUCAUGAGCAGAAGCUAUAUGAUUUAGUCAAAUACAAACUUAUAACCCCAUCAAAGUAUCAUACUUUACAUAAAUUUCAAGAAAAACAACCAAAAAAAGACACUUUUUUGCAAGAGUUAUCUCCCCUUCCAAUCUUAAUUUCCAUAGGAAAUUAAAAAUGCUGAUUUUGUGUUCUCCUAAAGUUAGAUUUUAUGGGACUUUUUUCUGUGUAUAUAAAGGGCAUAAUGCUAUAGAUUAGAGCUUAAACAUUUUCUGUUGCAAUUAGUUUGAGGUUAAAUCUUAGUUUGACUGGACUAAAAUCAAAAAGUCUGAAAACAUAAAGUAAAAGUGAUAAGAUAUAAGAUACAGUGAAAAAAUGGUAAAAUUAACAAGAUAACCAUUCAUCCAUAAUUGCAACCUAAAUGUAAGAGAAAGAAAAAAAAACAUCUAGUUAACACCCUUCAUUUUCAUAUUGUUAGAACAACAAUAACAUUUUUGUUUGAUAGUAAAUUCUGCAGACAGAAAUGUGGGAAAUUGCUAUAAAAAGUGACAAAAAAACAUUUUUUGCUGAUUUUUACAUGCAUUCAAUACAUUAUAGGUCUAAUUCAUAACCUUCUAGUUGAUUGUAUCUCUGAAAAUAUAAGUUCUACAUAAAUCAAUUUAUUUGAUAAUUCAAAAACAGUUCAUUGAGUUUUGAAUGCAUAUAAACUUUCAUUAAAAGACUGAAAAGGCUGUAUUAAAUACAUAUCACCCACUUCAUAUUAUCAAAUAAUCUCCAAAGUUUCAUACUCAAUCAUUUCAUGAUUUUGUAUAUUUUUAUAUGUUUUUGAUUAAUUUUGGGUAUAGCAAGGUAUAUAUGUUAAUAAAGCUGAAUUGAGAUCAAGGGGGGUCCAGAUAUGUUUUGAAGAUCAAUGCUUUUGAAUAGAACAAAUGGUGGGAACACCCCCUCCCCCUUUUUUUCUAAAAAGCUUGAUGUGCCCCUGGAGGUUGUUUACAUACAUGAUACCUGUUAUGAUUGAUAAAACUAGGAUACCUUUUUAUAAGUGUUAAUGACUUUUAAUGUAAAUACACUUUUUUUGUAUUGAAAUAUUAAAAGUAAAAAAAGUU